CUGGUGUCAGCUGAUUAGAGCACAUCAGGUUCCGUUCUUGUGUGUUUGUCCUAUCACUUCUAUCUAAACGACGUUUAUUGGCCCUUUUACCCGGAGAGGUGUCGAUGACCCGGAUCUGUCAGUAACAAGUCCAUCACAAGGAGCCAGCGGCUGGAUAUUACGCACCACUAUACCUGGAGUUCAAUUUAGCAGUAAGAAGAGUGAGUCCUGGACCAGAGAGAUGGCUCUGCUAAUGGAGCACCAGUUCAGACAGAUGCCAGCUGACAGACAGGUGGAAACAAGACCGUUUCUGGAGGCUGUGUCAUACCUUCCACCCUUCUUUGACUGCCUUGGCUCUACUAUUUUUGCACCAAUAAAGGCCGACAUAACUGGUAAUAUCACAAAAAUCAAGGCGGUUUACGAAACCAACCCAGGACGGUUCAAGACACUCCAGCAUAUUCUGGAGGCAGAGAAGGAAAUGCAUGGAGCAGAAUGGCCCAAAGCUGGAGCCACGUUGGCACUUAUGUGGCUAAAAAGGGGUCUACGAUUUAUUCAGGUCUUCCUGCAGAGCCUGGUGGAUGGUGAAAAGGAUGAUAGCAACCCAAACCUCAUUCGAGUCAACGUCACCAAAGGCUAUGAAACAGCCCUGAAAAAGUAUCAUGGCUGGUUUGUGCAACAGUUCUUCAAGGCAGCUCUUUUCGCUGCUCCAUAUAAGACAGAUUUCCUGAAGGCCCUCUCCAAGGGUCGGGACGUCAAGGAAGAGGAAUGCUUGGAAAAAAUCAGAAAAUUCCUCAUCAACUUCACUGCCACCGUUGAUGCUAUUUAUGACAUGUACAAUAAGCUGAAUGCUGAGCUUGAUUACACAGUGUGACUGCAGCGCAUUCCUCUUUCCUCCAGUGAUCCUAUUAGUUUACAAAGUCAUUUACAUUCUGCAGUCUGCCGUCUACAUCUUGACAUGGCUCCCUUCAGGUCAUCUGACAGCUCACUGUGGAGUGUAUUUACAGCACUCUGUCGUCACACAUCAAAUAUGUGCGCACUUUUAAUCAUCUGCGUGUCUGUUCUGGCUUUCUCGUUACUCUGAGGCAAGUUUCCCAAAGCAGCUGCUGAUUUAAAAUCAGUAUUUCUUUGUUUCGUUACAGAAAAAGCAAUAGCAUUGUCAGAUAUGUAUGUGUGUGAUUAUAAGAUAAUUAUACCAAGAAUCAAAGUGCUACGUAACAAAUGUUUUUGAAACUGUUACAAAAGCUUUAACUAAAUGAGUGAGGUGUCUGAUGUUGACAGAUUUAAUGAGCCACGUCACUAGCAACGCUAAAUAUAAUACAAAAAAGGUUGUCUUUGCUGCAAUAAUUUGUACCUGAAUUUUAAAAUUUUUAAUUUAUUAAAUUUGAAAGUUUAUUCUUCUAUAUCCUGAGAUAAGUUAAGGGCUGCAUUUAGUUGUAAUCAUUAAAAAAAAAUAGAAAAAUUACAAAACAGGAAUUUAAAAUGUGGUACGUCUAUGGCUUAUAGUUUGAAGUAAAUUUAUCAAAAUCCAAAGCACAUAAUUUACAUGAUUUACAAACACUUUGUAAAAGAAGUCAUAUGUUUUCAUCUUACACAAUGAAUACUGUGUAGUUGUCCAUGUUUUCUGGGGAUUGGAUUGUAGUUUUUAGUUUUUAAUGAAAAAUUUUACUUCUAAGUUAUUACAGUGUCCUAAGUUAUUUAUUACAAAACACAUGAAUACAAUAUUUUUCUGGCAUAAUUUUUGAAAAGCUUACAAAUUUCAAGACGCUGUUGUAAACAGCUUUUAAUAUUGCACACCUGUUUGUGCCUUAAGCUGGAGCUGCGGAGCAUUUCAGUAACCACGUCAGCUUUUUUGCCUUUAGUCCUUUAUAUUUUUAUACAUGUCACUUUGUGUGAACCAAGCAGGCUAAUUUAAAACAAAAUGUUAAUUAUUACUUAAAUUGUGGUCUCUUUUAUACUUCCAUGCUAUGCAGGACUUGAAUAUGUAUCUUAACUAUUCUUCCAAAGCAAUGCUUCAUCAGCACUAAGUGCUUCUCUGUCCACUCUGCUCUCAGGUGCUUACAUAAAACUGAAUGUGAAUUUUCUUUAAACCUCUUCGUCGAGUGGAUAUAAAGUGUUGCAUUAUGACUUUUUUGCCUUCGACAUGGUUGUUAGAUACAUUUUUAGAUACUUGGCUAAGCGAUGUGAUAUUUUGACAGCAUACCGACCUUGAAUAAAGGUUAUGUUGGUGGCCUUUGGUUAAUCAGUACUGUUUUGAGUUCACGUCUGAUGUGUCUCUUGUGGCUGAAAUUAUGUUGCAGUGCGUGUAUAGUGCAAAAUAACAAAUCUUGAAUUUUCAAUUUAUGUAAACCAUAAUUUGCAAUAAAAAUAUGUGCAAUAAUU